CUCUUUCUUUCUUGUAAGUUAUUACCACCUGCUCAAAUAUCUCUAACUCUCCUCUUUGUACUCUUGUUCUUCCAUUUUCUCACAUCAUCAAAAUUCCUGACCAUUCAUACAAAAUUCCCAAAAUCUAACCCCAACCCUUUUCAAUUCACACUCUCUUCCCCUCAAAGCUCACUUCUUUACCCCAUUCCACAUGAACCCAUAAAAACCCCCAAAUCUCUCAUCUUCCAAUUUUUCUUCGCCGGAAAAAUUAACAAUGGCCGCGGCGGCGCUCCGGUCCAAACCCUCCCGCGAAACGGCGUCGCAAUUCCGCUACUUCUUCUUGAACUACAUGCACACGGGUCGGGUCGCCAACUCCCACUGCGUCUACCGGACCAAAUCCGACGACUUGUUCGUCAACACUCCCUACCACUUCACGGCGUUCAGGCCGGUCUCGCUUUCCGGCAACCUGAAGGACAGCCGGAGCGGCGGCGGCGACCGGAGUUGGGGGCAGAGGCUGAACGGGAGCGGCGUUGUGGCGACGUAUGGGGACCCGCCGGAGGUUUGGUCCGGCGACGGGAUUGUGGUUCGGGGCGGGCCGGGGUCGGAUGUGGUUAAGGGCGGUGGCGGUGGCGGCGGUGGUGCGGCGGGGGGUGGUGGCGGUGGAGGGUUUGAUUCGAAUGGGAAGGAUGGGUGUUGGGGUGGGUCUAAUUUAGGGGGUAGUUUUCCGACGCCGAAGGAGAUUUGUAAAGGGCUUGAUAAGUUUGUGAUUGGGCAAGAGAGAGCUAAGAAGGUACUGUCUGUUGCUGUUUACAAUCACUAUAAGAGGAUAUACCAUGAGUCGCAGCAGAAGUGGUCUGCAGGAGAUUCGGGUAAUAAGGCUGAUGCCAUGAAUGACGAUAGAGUGGAGCUUGAGAAAAGUAAUAUUCUUGUUAUGGGGCCAACAGGAUCAGGGAAGACACUACUUGCUAAAACAUUGGCACGAUUUGUGAAUGUCCCCUUUGUCAUUGCAGAUGCAACAACAUUAACUCAGGAAAGUUUUGCAGGAUAUGUGGGGGAAGAUGUGGAAUCGAUUCUUUACAAACUUCUAUCGGUUGCUGAUUAUAAUGUGGCAGCUGCACAACAGGGAAUUGUUUAUAUCGAUGAAGUUGACAAGAUUACCAAAAAGGCUGAGAGCCUAAAUAUCAGCAGAGAUGUAUCUGGAGAAGGUGUUCAACAAGCAUUACUAAAGAUGCUGGAAGGGACAGUUGUAAAUGUUCCAGAAAAGGGAGCUCGAAAGCAUCCAAGAGGUGAAAAUAUUCAGAUUGAUACAAAGGAUAUUCUUUUCAUAUGUGGAGGUGCCUUUAUCGACUUAGAGAAAACCAUCUCAGAAAGACGCCAAGAUUCGUCUAUUGGGUUUGGUGCUCCAGUUAGGGCAAACAUGAGAACUGGUGGUGUUACAGAUGCUGUGGUUACGUCAUCCUUAUUAGAGAUCGUUGAAAGUAGUGACCUUAUUAGAUAUGGAUUGAUACCUGAAUUUGUUGGGCGGUUUCCUAUCCUUGUCAGCUUAUCUGCACUAACUGAAGAUCAAUUAGUUCAGGUUCUAACGGAGCCCAAAAAUGCCUUAGGGAAGCAAUACAAGAAGAUGUUCCAAAUGAAUGACGUCCGACUGCAUUUCACCAAAAGUGCCUUGAGGCUAAUCGCUAAGAAAGCAAUAUCAAAGAACACUGGGGCUCGUGGAUUAAGAGCAAUUUUAGAAACUAUAUUAAUGGAUGCCAUGUAUGAGAUUCCUGAUGUUAGAACUGGUGAUGACAUAAUAGAUGCAGUUGUAAUUGAUGAAGAAGCCGUUGGAACUGAUGGUCAAGGUUGUGGAGCGAAAAUCCUUUAUGGUAAGGGUGCAUUGGAUCGCUAUCUUUCACAAAAUAAAGAGAAGGAUGUCCAGAUUGCAACCACUGAAGGGUCUGAUGUAGAGCCUGAAGGGGAAGCCGAGCUAUCUUCUGUUGUCGCUAGCAUGUAACUUUAUAAGUGGAAAGAAACUUAUUUGUAUCGCAAUCUUGUACAUAUCAAACAUUUAUUUAAUAAUUCAUAUAAGGCUCGUUGUGUACAAACUCCUCACAAAGGGUUGGGCUCCAGAGCUGUACAGGAUAGUUUAUAGUAAAACGAUUGUUUCUUCCACUUUCAGCUCACCGGAAACCUCAGAAAGAUCGUGUAUAGUGUAUUUGAUUGUUUCAUUGCUUUGAUCUUUCGACAUUGUUACUACC